UCCCUGUCCCCAUGCCACGCUCCCGGGGGGACAAGAAGACCCCCAAAGACACAGAGACCCCCGGCAAGGGGAAAGGGGACGAGGUGGGCAAGAAGAUCCCCAAGGCCCCCGAGGAUGGUGGCCCUCCGGCCACCAAGGCCCCCGGCUCCGAGUCCCGGCCCGGUGGCCACGGGCACAAGAGCAGCAGGAAGGGCCCUGGGGACCCUCACGCUGCUGCCACCAAGGCCUAUUCCCCCUUCCUCAACACUGUCUUUGGCAAGGCCCCCGGCUCCGAGUCCCGGCCCGGUGGCCACGGGCACAAGAGCAGCAGGAAGGGCCCUGGGGACCCUCACGCUGCUGCCACCAAGGCCUAUUCCCCCUUCCUCAACACUGUCUUUGUGGGUGGACGCGUGGACUUCGAGGACUUUGUGCAGAUGAUGGGCCCGAAGCUGCGGGAGGAGACGGCUCACAUGGUGGGCGUGAAGGAGCUGAAGAUCGCCUUCCGUGAGGUGUGGGCACCACCAGGGCUGGGGACACGGGGGGGACAGCAGCCUGGAGGGACCGUGGGGAGCCAUGGGGACAAGGGACACGGAGGGUGA